CACUGGUGGGUGGCACUGGUGGGUGGCACUGGUGGGUGGGCACAGUGGGUGGGCACAGGUGGGUGGCACUGCUGGGCACAGGUGGGUGGCACUUCUGGGCACAGGUGUGUGACACUGCAGAGUGGCACAGGUGGGUGCACUGCUGGGCACAGGUGGGUGAUCUGCUGGGCACAGGUGGGCGGAGCUUGCGGGUGGCACUGCUGGGCACCGAUCAUCAGGGCACUGAUCAUCCGUGCCCUGAUGAUCGGUGCCGAUCCCCGCUCUGACAACUGCCGGUUCUCGGCAGUACUUUCCUCACGAUCUGACAGCGUGAGGAAAGUGCAGCCGAGAACCGGCACUUGC